UGAUAUCUUGACCGGAUGUUUUAUUUUUACAGGUCGGGUUGCUCAACUGGUGUUUUACUUUGAAGCCGGAAGUAGUGGGUAGUGAACAGGGCAGCUAGCUUGAUAGCGGUGGACCGAAGUGAUCGGGACUAAGAAAAAGACUUUACCGCAGCGGCUUUGCAUCCGUUUCCCCUCUUCGCACGGAGACUUUAACUGGACAAGCGGGAAGUUUGUGUCGGAUUUAGGGGAUUUAAACCGCCGCGGAGACUCUCGGUACUUCUUUGUGACAAGCUCGGGACGGCUCAAGAGUGUCUGUUCCCCCGCUGGCUUGCUGCUGGCCUCGGUUACUGCUGAUCAACAUGGUGGCCUGCUGGUGAGGAGAGCCAGGAGCUCCGUGAGGGGAAUUUUGAGAAAUUCCAUCCGCAGCCCGAACCGUUUGCGGCGCCAGACAUCGAGGCCCCGGAUACUUUGACGUUGGUGUUAGUUUUAUCUGCGUGUUUGUUGGUUUCUGUGGAACAAACGGCGGUUUUGUGGCCGUUGGAGGAGCGUGUUCUGUGGACUGUGGAUAAUUGGAGUUAACCUGAAAAAAGUUCGCACCAGACCGCCAGAAAGUUUCCCCACGAGUUUGAAAACACACCGGAAAACCCCGAAGGAUUAAUUUGAGCAUUUAUAUCCUUUUUUUUAUGUCGGAUGCUGAUGAUUUGGCGAGCAAGUGCAACCUCCUGGAUCAGUUCCAUCCUCUGAAAUCCUUCUCAUUUUUAAGGUUCUCUUCCUUAAUAAUCUGUGGAUUAUUAUUCUGGAUUAUGGCUUAAUCUGAACCGCAGCAGCCAUGUUGAUUUGGGAAUAAAGAUCCGAUUUUUGUGGAUGAUGGUGAUGAUGACAGAGAAAAGCGAUGGUGUCCCUUCGUUAUGAUUCUGCCUAGAGAGGAGCUCAUUACAUGGAGACUCGUCUGACAUGCCGAGGAAGGAGUUGCCACUACCACACGGUUGGGAGGAAGCCAUAGACUUUGAUGGGAAAGUUUAUUACAUCGACCACAUUAACCAGUGCACCAGCUGGAUCGACCCCAGAGACAGGCAGACGAAGCCUCUGACGUUCGCUGACUGUAUCGGAGAUGAGCUGCCGGUGGGUUGGGAGGAGGCGUACGACCCCGAUGUUGGAGCGUACUAUGUCGACCACAACACCAAGAAAACCCAGCUGGAGGACCCGCGGGCCCAGUGGCAGCGGGAGCAGGAGGCCAUGCUUCGGGACUACCUGGCUGUGGCCCGGGAUGCGCUCAGCGCCCAGAAGGAGAUCUACCAGGUGAAGGAGCAGAGGCUGCGGCUGGCGCAGCAGGAAUACCGGCAGCUCAACGAUGCCUGGAGGGACAAGUCUACGUCGCAGACGAGCUUAAAUUCCAGGUCGUCCUCUUCCAGCAAAUACGACCCAGAGAUCCUCAAAGCGGAAAUCGCCACUGCCAAAAGUCGAGUGAACAAGCUGAAGCGGGACCUGGCCUGCAUGAAACAGGAGCUGCAGCACAAGGAACAGGGCUUCGAGACGCUCAGAGAGAUUAACCUGAAAGUGUCUAACAACCCAUACGGCUACAAGCUGCAUGAUGCGCAGGCCAUCCUCAACGAGGUCCACUCCAUUCGAGAUGCCAUCAGCUCCGGGGAGAAGGAGAAGCAGGAUCUCAUGCAGAAACUGGCCGUGUUAAAGGACGGAUUCCAGCUGGACUCGAGCUCCCAGCAGGAGCUUUGGGGCAGCAGUCCGUCGCUCGCCAACUCGGAGACGUCCCCUCGCCUCUACUCCGACGUCGGAUCCCAAACGGACCUCCCAGCUGAGUUUACGACCAGCACCAACAAACUGGCAGAGAAAGUUCGUCUGAGCCUGAAGUACGAGGAGGCCAAGAGAAGGAUCGCCAACAUCGAGGUGCAGAUCGCCAAACUGGACAGCGAGGCUUGGCCAGGGCUGCUGGACCCGGAGCGGGACCGGCUCAUCCUCAUCAACGAGAAGGAGGAGCUGCUGAAGGAGCUGCAAUACAUCUGCCCCCGACAGCGGCUGGAGCCCAACGACGCCGAGAAGCUGGAGACCGAGAAGAAACGUCUGGAGAGAGACCUGCAGGCCGCCAGAGACAACCAGAGCAAGGCUCUGACCGAGAGGCUGCGACUCCACUGCAAGAGGAGCGAGCUGGUCCGGGAGCUGGAGGAGACGGUCCGACUGGCCACGUCGCUGCAGACACAGCUGAAGAGCCUCUCUGUCAGCACCCUCUCCUGUUCGUCGGGCAGCAGUCGAGGCUCCCUGGCGUCCAGCCGUGGCUCUCUGGCCACCACCUCUAGCAUGGGCUCCACCUCCUCCCUCAGCUUCACCGACAUCUACCUGGAGCAGCCCGAGCUGGCCGACCCGGACCUGCGGAACAAGCUGGACAGUCUUCUUCAGGAGGGCGGCCAGGGCGGCUACCGCCCCUCCAGCUCCAUCACCACCAUCCACGAGCACGAGGUGGUGAAGGGCUGCGGCCAAAGGUUCCCAGGAAGGUCUGAUGGGAACGCAGCCGGGUCAGGGGGAGGAGAGUCCUCCAGGGUUCAGGUCCUCAGAUUGUCUGAAACUCCUCGUUCUAUGACCUCCUUAUCGCCGCGCUCGUCUCUAUCCUCUUUGUCCCCGCCGUGCUCGCCGCUGGUUUCGGAAACAACUUUCCUGUCGGGGGAGACUGGGCCCGGCGGGCUGGGACUGGACUUGGAGCUCCGCAGCAGGCUGACAGAGCUGGAGCUGGACCCUGAGGAGCAGCGGAGAGAGCAGCUGGAAGAGAAACAGAACUUGAACAACGUGCUUGGAGAGGAGGGCAAAGGUGCUCAUCUUCGAGGGGCGGGGCCAAAGAAGACGGGAGUGACAUCAGCUGUAUCUGAUGAGUCGGUGGCCGGUGAUAGUGGAGUUUACGAACCAUCAGAACACAAACCAGGCCUCCCUGCAGACCUCCUCUUGAACUCCUAUGAGGACAGGUCUCCGUCAGGCUGCUCCCAGGUCCAGCUCGGCUUCCGUUACGAGUCCAGAGAUCAACGCUUCACCAUUUAUAUCAUGCAGCUGUCCAACUGCAGCGCCCUGUCUCUGCCCGUUGACCAGAAGAUGUACGUUCGCCUGGCAGUGCUGCCGUCCGUUCAGGCCACCCGCUGCCUCUUCCGAACGCGAGGCCUGCUUCUUCAGGAUGUGGUGGUGAUCAGCGAGGUGUUCGGCAUGCAGAUGUCCCACAUCGCGCUGCGCCAGAAGACCCUGAGGGUCGACAUCUGUAAAACCAGCAAGUCGGGCAACGAGGAGUGUCUGGCCGGAGCCCAAAUCAGCCUGGCUGAUGUCAGCUGUUCAAAGGAGCGAUGCACCAAGUGGUACAACCUGCUCAGUCGCCUCUACAUGUCUGAGAUCAGCAGCAAGGACAAGGACACAAGAGUGAAGGGCAGCUCUGACCAGACUCACGGAGCCGAGCCUCCUGAGACUGAUGAGUGGCAAGGCGACCCUCUUGAGGCAGACAUGUCUGAUGAAGAGGAAGAAGAAAAUGAUGGGGAGGGCGUAGAACCUCUGGAUGAAGAGGGCGAGUUUUACCCUGACACCAGCCAAUGGAAGGUAGAGAAAGAGGAGGAGGAGCUCCAGAAGGUGUCCAAACCCACUCCUACAGCAGCACCCAUUGUAGAGAAGGUCAACAAAGAGACGUGCAUUGACAAUUUAACAGGAUCUCAUCAGUGGUCUGUGGUUCGGCCCAAGGAGCGUCGCCCCGAGGUCCACCAGCAGAACCUCUUUAUGAGGGGCAACACCAUCAUCCGCUCCAAGACCUUUUCCCCCGGACCUCAGAGCCAGUACAUCUGCAGGAUUAAUCGCAGCGACAGUGACAGCUCCACGCUCUCCAAGAAGUCUCCGUUUGUCAGAAAUGCCUCAGAAAGACGGAGCAUGCGCAUGAAAAAGCCCCCUGUGCAGGUAAAAGGUCUUGACGGUCUCCUUCGCACCUCCCUGGACCUGGAGCUGGACCUGCAGGUGUCUCGGACACGGCAGUCCCGGCUGGCACAGGAACUGCGGGUUCUGCGGGAGCUGAAGACGCAGCUGGAGAAGGCGAGGCAGCAGGGGCAGAGGGAGCUGCCCGACUGGGUCCAAGAGGACGAACGCUUCCGGCUCCUCCUCAAACAGGCUGAGAAACAGACUCGAGAGGAGCAACUGCAGGAGAAACGGAUGGAGAAGAUGAUGAAGGCAGCAGCAAAGGACGUCCACAAGAUCAGAGGACUGAGUCAAAAGGAAGUCUCUGAGGUCCAGACCUUCAGAGAGAAGAUGGCGUUCUUCACACGAGCGAAGACCAGCAUCCCCGACCUGCCGGCCGACGACGUGUAGAGACGCGUUUGAAAGUAUUUCCCCCUUCACCGUGUGAGCCUGCUGCUACCGUGCAGCAAGACGCUGGUGUCAUGAACAGUUAAACAUAUUGGACACAAUAAAAACACUCAAAACGGCGAAGAAACACAUUUUAAAGCAGCUCAGCAUUUCUUAUGUGGAUAGUCUCUGUAAAUGUAAGGUGGCUCUGCUGGAGUCCGUUCAUCUUUAUCCGCUGUUUUGUUUCUGUUACUAACCAGCUGUUUUUUAGUUGUUUCAAGUCAUUCCAGCUUAAAAAAAAAUCUCAGACUUUUAUAUUAAACUCACACAAAUAAUGUACAUAAAUAGCACAAAAGUAAAUCAACAAUGGUACUAGAGUUUAGUUCAUGGUGAUGAAUCAAAACAAAACUGAAAAAUAUUUCAUAUUCACCAUUUUUAGAGCAAUGGAGAAUUGUAUAUGCAAACACACACGCACAGACAGUGUUUCUUUACAGUUUUAAUAAUUGUUUGCUGCAGACAUGAAGAAAACAUCUCUAUGUAUGAUAAUAUGUGUCUAAAAGCCUUUUGUCAGUUAAAGUUGUUGCAGCUUGUUCAAGCCUAACAAGAGUUUUAAUCCUUAAGAUUGUUCUUCCUAAACUUACUUGUUUUCUUCCCCAAAACUGCAAAUAGAGCCAGUUUAAGGUGCCAGAGUUGGUGGAAAACAAAAGAACUGGUGCUGAGCAGUGCUGGACCAAAAAGGAUUUUCAGGUUAAAUCCAGUUGAGGUCUGAAUGUUUUCCGAAUGUUUUUGUCUAUGAGAACCUUUAUAAACAGGCAAUGUGUUAAACACAGACAGAUUCUAAAAUGGUGCUGCAUUCGUGGUCCUUAUUUGUAUUUAUUAGACAGGCAGGACAGCUGCUUCACCUGCUGAGCUACCCGGCACACAGGUGGUGGCCGUAUUCAGAGCAGCGACUCAUCUCUAAAAUGUAAGGAAGUAAGAAAAGCAACAACAUCAGAUAAAUAAACAAGUAAUAAAUUAAAUCUAGACUAUAAGGUGAAACGGCACUUGAUGAAUAAGCUCAGAACUGUGCAGCUAUCACUGUUUUCCAUAGGUGUCGAUUACAGCUUUUGUUCCUUAAGUAGAAUCUAUAUCAUGCAGUUUUAGAUCCAAAUGGAUAUAAAGAAGAUUAGAUUAGAGCCGAUUGAUUGUUUACAUAUUCAAGAAGGGAGUAAAAAUUUAUCUUGUUUGUAGACAAAUCCUGGAUUUAUUCAAUGAAGGCAGUAAAAUUAGAUGAUCGUGUUUAAAUAAAAACGUCAUUUGAUUUGACAAAUCUUGUAAUUACCACCACUGACCAGAGGUGUCGCCAGAACUCAAGGAUUACAGCUGUCGUUUCUUCAGUAGAAAACUGAAGCAGUUUGAGGUCUAAACAAAUGGAGUUGAUUUUUUUUAAACUUUUAAGAUUAAAACAAUUCUACCAGCAUUUAAACACAGGUCCUAGAAAAUAUUCAAUGAAAGCAGCAUUUUUCUGUACUUUACAAAUGAAAUCAAGAAGUAUUUGAAUCCCAGGUUUGGGUAAAUGUAGUAACCGCUCAAACACUUGUAGUUUCCAUGUUUGACCACAGGUGUUGCAAAAAUCAUAAGGAUUAAAACUCUCGUUUCUUCAGUAAAAACUGCAGUUUGACUAAAACAAGUGGUUUGCUCAACAUUUAAGAUGAUUGUAGAACUUUACACAACGUCUCGGAAAGGAAAAUCAGAAUUUAGCCGUACUUUACAGACACUCAGUAGGAAUACGAGCAUCUUGUUAAUUUAAUUACCUCUAACCAGCUCAGCAAAGUGUAGAAACAACAUUAACUCAUUAACACUCAGGUAGUUUAUUGGAUAGUCUGCACUUUAUAAAACCUUAGGAGAAAAAACACAGAAAAGGAAACUUUUUGGAAUAUGAAAAGUCCUAGAAGCCUUUUCCUGUCGCUGGAUGAUCGUUGAUUGUUGAAACAUGCAGGAAGUGAAGAUCAAAUGUAUUUUUGAUGACUGUGAAUUCCUACUGAUUGUAUGUUUGUUCACAACAGAAAAAAAAUCUUCCAGUCAGCCAGUAUAGAGACGAAAGUUUCUUUUUAAAGACCCGUCUUUUCUUUCCGACUGGUUUCGUUUUGAUCCCAUUUCAUCAGUCUUAGUUUUCGGCUUCAUCCACCUGUGUUUCCCUGUUGUAACUGGAGUAUUUAUGUGCAUAUCAAAGUCACUCUGACGUGUCUUAUAACAGGAAGUAAAAAUGUUUUGCACCAACAUAUUAAACAUAUCACCUUUUUUUCUGGCCCUCACGGAGAGUUUUAAAUGAACCCUUAAACGCCUGUUUACUGCAUCUCUUUCAGACUGUUUUGCUUUUACAGCCCAAGUCGUUACAGUUUUUCGACCUGCUCAGUGGUCGCCUGUUUUACUGUUUACACAAUACUUAAAGGGAUAGUUCAGUACCUUUUUGUUGUUGUUGUUGUGGGGUUCUUAAAAGUAGUUAUCAGUAAUGACCGAUGACCUUUCCAACACCUCUUCUGCAGUAGCAAAAGCUUAACUGGAGUAUUUGUGGAAAGAUUCUCAUACUGGACAGAAGCUCGCAGCUACAUAAAACAACUCAAACUUUAAAUUAAUAUCAAUAUGAGUGGAGCCUCAAAAAGAGCCAGCUAAGGGGUUCUGGAUGCAUGUAUGGAUGGAUGGAAAAUUGAUUUAUUGAAUUUUGUUUAUUUAUUUGAAAGGGACAUGCACAUUAAUAAAUAUCAGUAAGAGGUACAGAUGUAUGUAAAUAUGGUGGAGUUAACAAGACAGCUAAUUUUUAUGUGAUCACUAAACAGGUAAAGUUUUACCAAUAGAGUUAAUGCAUUCAUUCAUGCAAACAGCAAGAGUCAAAUGAUGCAGUAGCAUACAGUACAUGGUAUAAAGUGUCUGGUGCUACGUGCAUUUGUUAGAAAAAAGGUGCAACUAUAAUACAUGUUGGUAACUAGAGCACAUUAUAAUUUACUGUAAAAGAAAUAUUGGAUAGAUGGAUGGAUGGAUUGAUAAUACAACACUGGCACACUUUGGUUUGAAACGUCUGAGUUUGAGUCGUUUUAAGUGACUAGAACCUCUCUGUUAAAGGACCAAUCCCGACUAGUUGGAUCUUCAGAGAGUUUCUCUCCUUUUCUGCAAACUGACUUCAGUCUGACUUCAGUAAAACUCAUGCAGGUCACCCACUAAUAACUACUUUACAGAACGCUGCUUUGAAAAAGCACAAACCCUCCCUUUAACCAGCAAGCAUUUGGUAGCCACAGUAGGAGGCAAGUUUGGACUCACCAAAGAGACAUAAACCACUUUAAAUCUCAUGAUCGUGCUCCUUGGUGUGGACCCACGGGUUAAAGGUUAAAGGAUGAUCUGAUCUCCCAUUCUGAAAUCUUCACAGGAAAACAGGAGCUUAUCCCUACAAGAAGAAAGGUUUAGGAUCAGGAAUCAGACUCAGCGCUCAGUCACCAUCUUCCUCAUUGAACACUGUGGCAUAAACUCCAACCUUUUAGUUUUUUCUGUCUUUAAUUUUCUGCUUGGUCAGAAGCGAUGUAGAAACAUUUGUUUUCUGAGUGUGAUCAGUCUGGUGGAGCAGAUAGAUGAACCUAUGAACAUUAAGCAGACUGAUGUUCACCGAACCGGGAUGAAGGAACGUAGACCUUUCCAAGGAAUCACAGUAAAUCAUGUAGUCUGUGUGGAAUUCCACCUUUUUUCUUAUUCUCGUUUGAUUAUGGUUUUGUUUUCGAAUGAAUCCGUGUUACGACUGCUGAUGAACCAGGUGACGUGUUUGCUGACGGCUAUGACGAACGUACGACGUGUAUUUAUUGCACUUUUGUGAUUUAGGUGUGCUUUUUUUUUUCUCCUCUUGUGUUCUUUUAUCAAAAGUCCCAAAAAGCUGUGAAUUUUAUUCUCAGACACUGUAACUGUCGACAAGAGUUGUAAAUAUUUCACCAGCACAAGAAAACAAAGACGGCAGACAAAACACAAACGGUAUGUUUUGUAGUUUCACAAAAAAAAUAAAAAAGUUCUGAUCUUA